AUGACACAUCCAAAGUAUGAAAAGAAGGCUUUAUCGAAAUCCCUAGUCCAAAAAACCUGGUCAAACUUGAUUGAGAAUGAGAACGACUACGAAGACGACUGGACUAGCGGGAAGUAUGAGGUUUUAGUGGUUGUCACCAAAGACAUUGAGGUCAAAGAUCCCCCCAUCCUCGAUAACGGCCCUGAACCCUCUGCCCUGAGUGCCAAUUCUGGCGCUGAGUUCUCCGCAAUACCAUCGCUAUCCUUUCCUAUUCCUCAAGUCGUUGUGCCCAACCUCAACUUGUCCCCAUCAUCUUUGCCCACCUCACAGUCCAUCGAUGGUCUUGAUAAUCAUGUGUUUACCACACCUGCGUCUUCUUCUUUAUCUGAUGGCAGUUUUUCAGCUCCAAAUCCACCCUUCAACCUCUCAAGUCAAAGUUCUAGUUCUUUUGUUAAUCAAAACAGUGGUCAAUAUAAUCCAGAAACAACGAUGGGAAUGGAUAUGAACCUGACUUGGAGUGACUGGGGUCGAUGGCUGCCCUUUGCUGGACAGCAGGGGAUGGACGUGAUGGCUGGAGGCCGUUGA